UUAAACCAAGAGAGAGAGUGUGUGUAGUGUGAGUAAUAUAACAUAUCCCCCAAUCCAAUUUACGCCAAAAAGCACAAAAUUUUAUACCGUACGACGACGAUUUCCCAAAAGAAGUGAAAAUAUUAUAUUAUAAUUUUAGUUAGAAUAAUAAUUUUUUGUUAAAAAUAGAUCAUGUCUCAUCAAACGGGCAUAAAAGCUAAUGAAAAAUCACUGAAAGUCUUUGGAAAAGCUAAAAGUGGAAAAUUUCGUGUCAUAAAAGUAUCUAUAGAAAAUGAAGAGCUAUGUGUCACCGAUACAGCGGAAGUGAAAAAGGAUUGGGAGAAAGAUUUCGACAAACUUAUUACACCUCUUAUUGAGGAGAAUGUACCAUGCUACAUAUUGUAUCGCUUGGAUACUAAGACCCAGGUAGGACCAGCUUGGUUGCUGAUCAGUUGGGUGCCCGACACUGCCACUAUUCGCCAAAAAAUGGUUUAUGCUUCCACCAAAGCCACGCUCAAACAGGAAUUUGGUUCUGCUCAUAUUACCGAGGAAAUACAUGCCACUAGCCAGGAUGAGACUACCCUUGAGGGUUAUAAGCGUCAUAAAAGAGCAAUUGCAUCUCCAGCACCUUUAACAACACGUGAAGAGGAGUUGGCAGAACUACGCAGGGUGGAAGUUAAUACGGAUAUUAACACCGAAAGUAGACACCAAACGUUGGGUGGCCUAUCCUGCCCCCUAUCCGAAGCAGCUAAACAAGCCAUACAAGAUGUGCUUAGAGGCUCCUAUGAUUAUUUGCAAUUCCGCAUCGAUUUGGAAGCGGAACAGAUACAUGUCUCCCAUGCUGGUGUAGUGGCACUUUCAGAUCUUCCAAAGCAUGUACCUGAUGAUCAUGCUCGUUACCAUUUGUAUUUGUUUAAACAUACCCACGAGGGUGAUUAUUUAGAAUCCUAUGUCUUCGUAUACUCCAUGCCGGGCUAUUCAUGCUCGGUGAGGGAAAGAAUGAUGUAUUCCAGCUGUAAGGCACCUUUCUUGGAAACAUUGCAGUCGUACGGUAUAGAUGUGGCUAAAAAGCUUGAAAUUGAUUCUGGCUCUGAGUUAACGGAGGAAUUUUUGCAAGAAGAACUACAUCCAAAGAAAAUGCUCCACCGACCGGCUUUUGCCAAACCAAAAGGACCACCAAAUCGUGGUGCUAGACGUUUAACGAAACCACAAGAACAGUCUUAAUCCAUGUGUGUUAUAAUUUAAACUUUGUCCCGUUUAAGAUUUUGAGUUUAUUUAGUGUCUUUGACCGUUUGUGAGAUAUUUUUCUAUAUAAAUAAUUUGUGAAUUUGUUGUGGUCGUUGUAAUAUGUCAAGAAUCGAAUUAAAUUUUAAUGAAACAUAGUA